AUGUCGUGGUUUACAUCCUGGUUUACACCUUCUAAUACCUCCUCCACUCCUGCAGUUCAAUCAACAACCGAGAACAAACGUCUGGCCGCAGAACCCUCAGCGAAGACGGAACCAGUUGUCGAGGCUCCGAAGCCCUCUGCAACGCAAGCCCCCCAGGUCGAUCGACCCCAUAGAAACAAAGUCAUCUUCGGAGCUGGAGUCGCAUUCUUCGGCCUCUCUCUUCUAAUUACACGGAGGGCUUUCGCCCGGAAGCGUUUAGCUGCCAAUCCUGCAUUCUAUGCACAUUCUCCAGGCCACCAAGCAGAACAAGCCAGACAGGUGUCUGGCCCUAUGGAGGCUUUCGAAGCAUUGAAUAUCGCGACAAUCAAUGUCCUUAGUCUCGCUAUGAUGGCCACCGGUGGAACUUUGUGGUAUCUCGAUAUCAACAGUAUGGCGGAUGCGAGGAUGAUGCUGAGAGGUGGACUUGGUGUCGAUGGGACGGGCAAAUCUGAGAAAGAGGCAGAGGAAGAGUUUGAGGAAUGGAUGGGGACAGUUCUAGCGAGGAAAGAAGCAAAAGGCUCAGGAGCACCGCAAACAAAUGAGAGAGGACAGGAGAGAUAA